UCGGCUCCCAGCGUGGGCCCCCGGCGCGUCUGUGUGGCUGGAGGCAGCGCGGGUUCCGUGCGUGUGCUUGUGCACGUGUGCUUGGCCCGCCUGCUAACGGCCCGCUCAGUCUGAGCAGAUGCGGGUCUGUGUCAACGCGCGGGGCCCAGAUUUUUAUUGCACGUGGCACACGAGCCUCUAGGGAGCACAGGACGGCCCGACCUGGCGUGCAGGAUCCACGAGCAACGAAGUUACACCGAGACGCGGCCCCAGCCCUUCUCGAGGAGAUUGUGGGGCGGGGACUUGUGUGAUCGCGUUCACGGGCCUGUCGAUGGACACCAAGGGGCGCUCCUGUAAUCUGCGGGAGCCUGGAAGGAAGACGGCAGAUCCUUGCUCUUUAUUAACAGCUGGGGUGAUCCUCCAGGGCUCAUCGGAUCACCGCAAUGACUUGUAAGCGGGUCCAGGAUGCUGUGGUCAUCCUGGGGGGUGGAGGACUUCUUUUCACUUCCUACCUGACAGCCAUGGGGGAUGAACAUUUCUAUGCUGAACACCUGAUGCCGGCUAUGCAGAGGCUGCUGGACCCUGAGUCAGCCCACAGGCUGGCCGUUCGUGUCACUUCCCUGGGGCUCCUUCCUCGUGCCACCUUUCAAGAAUCAGAUAUGCUGGAGGUGAGGGUCUUGGGCCAUAGAUUCCGAAAUCCAAUUGGAAUUGCUGCAGGAUUUGACAAGCAUGGGGAAGCUGUGGAUGGACUUUACAAGAUGGGCUUCGGUUUUGUUGAGAUAGGCAGUGUUACUCCAAAACCUCAGGAAGGAAACCCCAGGCCCAGAGUCUUCCGCCUGCCUGAGGACCAAGCAGUCAUUAACAGAUACGGAUUUAACAGUCACGGACUCUCAGUGGUCGAACACAGGUUGCUGGCCAGACAGGAGAAACAGGCCAGGCUCACAGAAGAGGGGCUGCCCCUGGGGAUAAACCUGGGCAAGAAUAAGACCUCGGUGGACGCCGCUGCGGACUACACGGAGGGGGUGCGCGUCUUGGGCCCCUUGGCCGACUAUCUGGUGGUGAACGUGUCCAGUCCCAACACUGCUGGGCUGCGGAGCCUGCAGGGAAAGGCGGAGCUGCGCCACCUGCUGGCCAAGGUGCUGCAGGAGAGGGAUGCCCUGCAGGGAGCACACAAGCCAGCCGUGUUGGUGAAGAUCGCACCUGACCUCACGGCCCAGGACAAGGAGGAUAUCGCCAGUGUGGUGAAAGAGUUGGGCAUCGAUGGAUUGAUUAUCACCAACACCACAGUGAGCCGCCCUGCCAGCCUCCAGGGUGCCCUGCGCUCUGAGAUCGGAGGGCUGAGUGGGAAGCCCCUUCGAGAUUUAUCAACCCAAACCAUCCGGGAGAUGUAUGCACUCACCCAAGGCGGAGUCCCCAUCAUUGGGGUUGGCGGAGUCAGCAGUGGGCAGGACGCGCUGGAGAAGAUCCGGGCAGGGGCCUCGCUGGUGCAGCUGUACACAGCCCUCACCUACCGGGGCCCGCCUGUGGUGGGCAUGAUCAAGCGGGAGCUGGAGGCCCUUUUGAAGGAGCAGGGUUUUACCAGAAUCACAGAUGCCAUUGGAGCAGAUCAUCGGAGGUGAGGACGUUGUUGGUGGGAAGCCUGAUCUGGAAUCUUCCCAUGAAAGCUGGCAGGCUUUUGCAGCUGGAUUGAGAGUGGAGAGCCACAAUCCACGAGAGCCUUCCUCCGGCAUGACUGUAAAAGCCAAUCAUCAGUGUCACCGGAAUCAAUACAAGGCUUUUUUAAAUUGCUUGUCAGACCAUUAACUGCAUUCAUGAUUCUCUCUAAAUUCAAAUCCAUUUACUAUUGCAAGGACAUUAAAUAUCUUAGGGAAAAAAAUCAUGGAAACAAUAAAGACAUUUAAAACCUGGACUUAAA